GAGAAGUGCAUAGGUAUGCUGUGCUCCCUCUGCUGGCAUCUGCCCCUGUUAACUCGUGGCUCCAGACAAAUGAGUAGAGAGUUGGGUACAGAAGAGGGACAGAUUCCAGUUUUCCAGUUGAUCACCUUGUACAGAGAAGAACCCUUGAGAUCAACAUUGGGAGAAAGAAGAAGAGUAGUGAAGGAGUCGAUGUGUGAUGCAGGACAGGUCUGAGCCAAGGUGCAGAAGUGCUGGUGAAAAAGAGACUUGGCAAUAGAAACUGUCUAUUCAAGACGGGUCAGGUAAAGCACAGGAGCCACUAACACACACUCCCUGACAUCCUUCGCUGUUCAUCAGGAGGGAGCCUGCGUGACAGAGGAAUGGCAGAGCAUCAGCCGCACAGCAGCGAUGAGAGAGACUGACAUUCGUACGAGUCUCUUCUGGCUCCUUCUCCACAAUGGCUGGUGCCUCUGCAUAUUCAUUGGAUGGUAAUGCAGGAUGUCGAGAGCAGUGGUAGAGUUUGGCUUGAUCCCAUUGUGUUUUUCUUCUGCCAGUUGAGACUUUGAAUCACCAUGACAACGCUGUGACACUUCCAGCAACAGUUGCCUGCAGACCAAGGGGGGGCUGGGGGUGGGUGAGAAGGUCAAUGAUUGAGUCUAACAGGAUCAAAAGUUGGGCCUGCAGCAAAACAACUGUAGAGGAGCUGUCAGCACGACAAGAAGAUGAAAUUCCCCUUCUAUUGGCUUCUCGUUAAGCAGGAACAAUAACAUUUUUUUUCGAGAGACUCGCUAUAAAAACUCUUUUGGUUAUGGCUACUGAUCCAACGUGAUUGGGCGCGCAGCGACUUUUGAACUCAUGACUGGAUAUACGAUGUUGCGGAAUGGGGGAGUGGGGAAUGGAGGCCAGCCGUGGAUGUUGAGAUGGUCCAGUCGGAUCCGGCUCACCUGGCUUAGUUUCACCCUCUUCAUUAUCCUCGUCUUCUUUCCCCUCAUUGCCCACUACUACCUAACCACCAUCGAUGACGCGGACGAUGCCGGCAAGCGCAUCUUUGGCCCUCGGACCGGCAAUGAGCUGUGCGAGGUAAAGCACGUGCAAGACCUGUGCCGCAUCCGUGAGUCAGUCAGCGAGGAGCUGCUCCAGCUGGAGGCCAAGCGGCAGGAGCUCAACAGCGAGAUCGCCAAGCUCAACUUGAAGAUCGAGGCCUGCAAAAAGAGCAUUGAAAAUGCCAAGCAGGACCUGCUGCAGUUGAAGAACGUCAUCAGCCAGACCGAGCAUUCCUACAAAGAGCUGAUGGCUCAGAACCAGCCCAAGCUCUCCUUGCCCAUCCGGCUGCUGCCAGACAAAGACGAUGCAACCUUCCCCCUGCCAAAAUCCAACCGUAACUGCAGGCUACACAAUUGCUUUGACUACUCGCGCUGCCCGUUGACAUCUGGCUUUCCAGUCUAUGUCUACAACAGUGACGAUUACCCUUUUGGUAGCUCCUUAGACCCUUUAAUUAAACAAGCCUUUGAGGCAACUGUCAGAACUAAUGUUUAUGUUACUGAAAAUGCAAAUAUUGCUUGUGUGUAUAUAAUUUUAGUGGGGGAAAUGCAAGAGCCCGUAAUGCCAAAACCUACUGAACUAGAGCAACAGUUGCACUCUUUGCCAUAUUGGAGGACUGAUGGACAUAACCAUCUCAUCAUCAAUUUAUCAAGGAAAUCGGAAACUCAGAACUUCAUUUACAACAUCAGCACAGGGCGUGCCAUGAUUGCCCAGUCCACCUUUUACGAUGUGCAGUAUCGACCGGGGUUUGAUAUUGUGGUAUCGCCUCUGGUCCAUGCUAUGUCUGAACCCAAUUUCCUAGAAAUCCCACCCCAGGUGCCAGUCAAGCGUAAAUAUCUGUUUAGUUUCCAGGGGGAGAAGAUUGAGUCUCUCAGAUCUAGCUUGCAAGAGGUUCGCUCUUUCGAAGAGGAAAUAGAAGGCAAUGCCCCAGCUGACUACGACGAUCGGAUCAUUACCACCUUGAAGGCUGUUCAGGACAGCAAGUUGGACUUUGUUUUGGUGGAGUUCACAUGUAAGAACCAGCCUAAGGCGAGUCUGCCCACUGAGUGGGCUCUGUGUGGAGAAAGGGAUGACAGACUAGAGCUACUGAAGCUAUCUACUUUUGCACUGAUAAUCACCCCAGGGGACACCCAUUUAGUGAUCUCCGCUGGGUGUGCCAUGAGACUCUUUGAGGCUCUGGAAGUUGGAGCCAUCCCCGUGGUUCUCGGAGAGCAAGUUCAGCUACCCUAUAAUGAUGUGAUCCGGUGGAACGAGGCAGCCUUAAUCAUACCAAAGCCACGUAUCACAGAAGUGCACUUUCUUCUGAGAAGCAUUUCUGACAACGAUCUCCUUGCCAUGAGGAGGCAGGGCCGCUUCUUGUGGGAGACCUACUUCUCCACCUCUGACAACGUGUUCAGCACAGUCUUAGCUAUCAUAAGGACUCGAAUCCAAAUCCCGGCUGCUCCUAUCCGAGAAGAAACCGCCGUGGAGAUUCCCCACCGGUCUGGCAAAGCUGCUGGUACAGACCCCAAUAUGGCAGACAAUGGUGACCUGGACUUGGGGCCUGUGGAAACAGAACCACCCUAUGCAUCUCCCAAAUAUCUCCGCAAUUUCACCCUCACUGCAAUGGACAUCUACAGGAAUUGGAAUUCUGCUCCAGGGCCUUUCCACCUCUUCCCCUACACUCCCUUUGACCCUGUUUUACCGUCAGAAGCAAAAUUUUUGGGGUCUGGGACUGGAUUUCGACCAAUUGGUGGAGGAGCAGGUGGCUCCGGGAAGGAGUUCCAGGCUGCUUUGGGUGGCAACGUCCCCCGGGAGCAGUUCACAGUAGUGAUGUUGACUUAUGAGCGGGAGGAAGUGUUGAUGAACUCCCUAGAAAGGCUCAAUGGUCUCCCAUACUUAAAUAAAGUUGUGGUUGUGUGGAACUCUCCCAAGCUUCCCUCUGAGGAUCUCUUGUGGCCAGACAUUGGUGUCCCAAUCAUGGUUGUCCGCACAGAGAAAAACAGCCUGAACAACCGGUUCCUGCCGUGGGAUGAGAUCGAGACGGAGGCCAUCCUGUCCAUUGACGACGAUGCUCACCUGCGCCACGACGAGAUCAUGUUUGGGUUCCGUGUCUGGAGAGAGGCAAGGGACCGCAUCGUUGGCUUCCCGGGGCGCUACCAUGCAUGGGACAUCCCCCAUCAGUCCUGGCUCUACAACUCCAACUACUCUUGCGAGCUCUCUAUGGUGCUCACUGGUGCUGCCUUCUUCCAUAAGUACUACGCCUACCUGUACUCCUACGUGAUGCCGCAAGCCAUCCGCGACAUGGUGGAUGAAUACAUCAACUGCGAGGACAUCGCCAUGAACUUCCUGGUCUCUCACCUGACGAGAAAACCUCCCAUAAAGGUGACCUCCCGCUGGACUUUCCGCUGCCCCGGGUGCCCCCAGGCGCUUUCACACGACGACUCUCACUUCCACGAGCGACACAAGUGCAUCAACUUCUUCGUCAAGGUGUACGGGUACAUGCCCCUCCUGUACACCCAGUUCCGCGUGGACUCGGUCCUCUUCAAGACCCGCCUGCCCCACGACAAGACAAAAUGCUUCAAGUUCAUCUAGAAGCGGGAGGCAGCCGGGUGCCCUCGGCUCUCUGAACUUCGGCCAGAGAGUGGAGGAAGGAGAAGACGCUAACCCUUCAUCUGUGCACAGCCAAGCAGAGACGAAGCAAAGCGCCAGCCCAGCCUGCGUGUGCCGGAGCCAGGGCUGCACCGUGGGCCGGAGUCCCUGCUCUGCCUCGGCCCUCGUCCCCCAUCCCCGAGCGAAACGUGCCCACGUUGGGUUUGCCCGUGGGCCUCAGCAUAACUGCCUUAAACCCCCAUCCCGUCUGCACUCGUGCCCUGGCUUUGGGCUGCGUUCGAAGGUUAAUCCCACCAAGAGCUUUCCUUCGCGUGAACUGGGAAAUGCCGCUGGGAUUGCAUUCACGGGGCUGUUUUUGGAGCUGGUUUCUCUCCCACCAAAGCGAAACGCCGUUACGUCCCUGUGAUUGCCCAACCUCUGUGUUCAAUUCGCUGCUCCCUUCUGCUUCGAUCCCGUCCCGUAACAGGAGGGGAGGACACGGGUUGCCCUCUGUUGUGUGAUGUUCUCCCUCAACGCGUCCCAGAUGUUUAAGGGCAGCCUGGAGAAGCUCUUGCUGGGUAGAUGGGAAGGUGAAACUUGUGCGAUUCGCCUCAGUGUCCCCGGUUUUCCUGGCCCAUCUUCCACUGUGGCAGGUUGCAGCUCAGCAGCUCAGCAUCCCAGCGCCCUGCAGCAGAAGGAUGUUACCACCUGGCUGUGUCUCUGGUGCGUCCCAAAAGAGGAGCGGGGAUGGUCCGUCAGCAGCUCCUGGGCUCACUCACAAGGUCAGCCCCGUCCGCACUCCUCUCCCGCAGCCUGCACCGCGUUUUGGGGUGAUCGCUGGCCUCUCCAGCCGUGUUUCAGCCAUUUUUCAUGUCAGCCCCACGGGUGGGGGUCACCGACACUUGCUCCUUGGGAAGUGGAAGGGAAGGGGCAGCCCGUCCCCAGCAGAGCCGACGGCUCGUGCCUUCACCAGCACUACAGAUGGCAGAUCAAGGUAUCUUUUCCUCUCCGCGUGUGGUUUUUUUUUUUCCUCUCCACUCCCUUUUUGUUUUCACAUCAGGUGCUCAAAACGGAGCAUGUGAAAGCUCACAGUCUCUUGAAAAAUGCGAUUGGAGACUCCUGCGAGGCUCCGAAACACCUGGAAGGAUGUUUUCUGCCUCUGCUCGGAGUGGAGAUGUGGCACUCGUCAGCAGCUGCACCAGCUUCAGCAUCCCUGAGGGGCCUGACACUCCUCUGCCCCUGGCUCUAAUUCUCCCCUCGUUACUAGGUUGUUCGUUAGCAGCGAGGCAGUCGCUCACGUACAGCACAGGUCCCUGGUGUCAGCCAAGGGUGGAGGCAGCUCUGCCUUUCCCAGUCCUCUGCCCGCACCGCAGGAGUCAAACGGGAGUUAGGAUGGAUGCCGGCAGCUGUGGAUUGCACUUUAUAUAAAUAGAGAGAGACGCUUCUCAGCAACCUAUUUUCAAAAAAUCUUAAGGGAAAUUUUAUUAUCCCGGUUAGAGACUGUCACACGGGGAGCUUGGAAAAUGGAGAGGUGACGUGAAGCAUUUGCGUUGCCCUUUGCGUCGCGGGGGCUUGGGGUCUGCGGGGUCUCGUUGCUUGGCUGCAGUCGGAGCUGGCGGCAAGCCCGAGGUUGGGGGUUUCUUCUUUCCGUUGCUGCGUUUCAGUUCGAGGCCAGUAGAAAUGUAGAGAUCCGCGGUGGAAAUCCAGAUUGUUCUUCCUCCCAGGCUCUUAACACGCUCAACUCUUGCCCAAAGCGUUGGUUUUCUUGGGGGAUCCCGGUGCUGCGGUAGCCAGGGGUCAGGCUCGGAGUGUCGUGGUUGAGCGGGGAGAGGCUGCGUGAUGGGAUCGCCGUGCGGGUCGUGGGAUGGUUUCCUCCUUGCGGAGACACCCCGAAGGGGGAGGAUUUGGGGGUGAAGGGGUAAAUGGGUGCUGCGAGUCGCUGAUGGCAGCUGCUCGGGGGGGACGUGCUGGGCGGCAGCAGCGGUGGGAGGGACGGGGUGCCAUAAGGAAACUAAAUGCCAGCGAGAGCAUCUCCUUCCCCACCCGCAGGGCUGGUGCUGUCCCUCCCAGUCCUCUGCUGCUGUGGCUCUUUCCCAAAUCUUCCCAAAUAGACACCAAAACCUCUCCAGGGUACAGACUUGUGAUUCACACCCCAACUUUCUGCUCCUGAGAAUAUCCCAGGAUCUGAGCCGUCCUUAGGCUUUCCUCCACCAUCUGGGAGGAGAGGGGCAUUUCUGGAGAGCGGUCCAGCCCGUGCCACCGUCCCCAACAUUCCUCCCUCACUACCCGUCGCUCUCCUGUGAUUUUCUGGGGGGUCCCAGGGUAACUCCGAAGCUCAGGUCAGGUUGAACUGAUUCGUCCCAGCUCCAGCACAGAGCAGCCUGGGGCACGCGGUCUCGGCCGCCCCAGCCCCGAGGAGACGGGAAGGUCUCUCGGCGGCUGUGCCCUUCCCAAGGGAAAGGCCUUGUCCCCUUUUCAGUGUUUCUGCUGCUUCACCCAGGACCGGGGGUUGCAGCCGGCGGGUGCCGGGUGCAGAGCGAGGUCUUUCUCAACGUUCGCUGUAAAUAGCAUCGUCUGCGAUGACACGGACCCUCCCCCUACCCCGUUCGUGUCGCACAGCACAGCCCCCGCCCUCCCCUGCGCCGUGGUUGUGCGAACUGCUCCGUGAGCACCAGGUUUAAAAAAAAAAAAAACAAAAACAAAACAAAAACAGAGAGAAAAGAAACACUCCUUCAACACGAGCACAAUGUUGAGUUUUUUUGUAAAAGGAUCCAAUAAAUGGAGAGUUUAACU